UACCUGUCCUCAGUAGUAUUACCUGUCCUCAGUCGUAUUGCCUGUCUUCAGUAGUAUUACCUGUCCUCAGUAGUAUUACCUGUUCUCAAUAGUAUUACCUGUCUUCAGUAGUAUUACCCGUCCUCAUUAGUAUUACCUGUCCUCAGUCGUAUUGCCUGUCUUCAGUAGUAUUACCUGUCCUCAGUAGUAUUACCUGUCUUCAGUAGUAUUACCCGUCCUCAUUAGUAUUACCUGUCCUCAGUCGUAUUGCCUGUCUUCAGUAGUAUUACCUGUCCUCAGUGGUAUUACCUGUCCUCUGUAUUAUUACCUGUCCUCAGUAGUAUUACCUGUCCUCUUUAGUAUUACCUGUCCUCAGUAGUAUUACCUGUCUUCAGUAGUAUUACCCGUCCUCAUUAGUAUUACCUGUCCUCAGUCGUAUUGCCUGUCUUCAGUAGUAUUACCUGUCCUCAGUGGUAUUACCUGUCCUCUGUAUUAUUACCUGUCCUCUUUAGUAUUACCUGUCCUCAGUAGUAUUACCUGUCUUCAGUGAAUAUAUUACCCUAUUGAUUCAUUUCCAUGUGGGUAGACUGGUGGUCCUAAAGUCUUGGUGUCAGUCUGAUUUCAAGGUACCCCUCUUACUCUUCAGGAAGGUGUUCACUCUGUCCAGGUGAGGUGCCAGUGGGUGGGGCCUAACCCUCUCAACCACCUUCUAAUURGUGGUUGGUAAUGAUUGCGACUGGUGGUCUGCUGAGGAUCAACGCACGGCGACAGGACUCUCUGAGGGCCAAACCGCAGAAAGCACAUCCACCAAAGAAAAAGAGGAAGAACAAAAGGAGCAGCGAGGUGGUGGUGGUGAAGGGGAAGUUGAAGCUCUGCUCCCUCUCAGGUCUUGUGGCAGUGCUUGGGAUCCUGGUCCUUGUGGUGGGCGGUUUUCUGGCAGCUCUGGGUUAYUGGCCUCGGGACGGACUGUUCUUCAGUGCUCAGCCACAGGAGGGUUCUGCUAUGGCCUCAGUGUCCUCCAGCAGCACAACACCUGCAUUAUCUUCUGUCCAGGAGGAAAUGUGGGAGGAGGAACCGGAAGGAGACACAGAUGAAAGAGGAGGAGAAUAUAACAUCUCUAACCAAACAGAAACCACCAACAAGACCACUCCACAGCUCCCACAAGGCUUCUUUGAGUAUUUCCUGGACAGGUACCUCUACUCUGACAGUCUAAAAGUUUUUGGCCCUCUCAUCAUGGGGAUUGGGAUCUUCCUGUUUAUCUGCGCCAACGCUGUGCUGCAUGAGAACCGUGACAAGAAGACAAAAGUCAUUAACUUAAGGGACAUAUACUCCACCGUCAUAGACGUCCACAGCACACAAAAGCCACACCCUCCCUCCCCUGGCUCCACCCAUCCUCCUUCAGCAAAUCCCCUGAAUGGGCUUGUUAACUAUGUCCAAUCACAGGGCCUGGACUCAAAGGCCCAAACAAGGCCCACGUCCCUGCUGUUGCCAAGUCAAGCUGCCGAUAAGAGCGGGAGCAGUGACAGAGCUGCAGCCGUCUUCAGUAUCUACCAGAGCCACCCAGAUGCUCUGUCUCAAUCUUCUCCCAACAGACACUCUCUACCACAAACAUGCAGUCCCUGCUGGUCCUCCCAACACAAGGAGGUGCUCACUUCCUUCACACUACCUCGGUCCAGCCAGCGGUCCCCUGGUCCCCGCAGGAGACACUCAUUCUGGGCUGGAAGCAGCCGGGAGGAUGAGGAGCAGAGGAAGGAAGUGGAACCACCUCCACUCUGCACUUCUUCCUGCCCCACAAACAGAGGCUCCAAGGCACUGCUCCUCCAGUCAUCCUCCUCCUUGUCCUCCCUUUCAUACCUCCUUUCCUCUUCAUCUUCCACACCUGCACCCCCCUGCAGGAGGCAGAGCCUCCCAACAGCCUCCAUCAGUGUAACUUACAGCAAACUAACUCACAAAGAGGAACACUCACUUGAGUGGUCUUUACCACAGGAAGUGACAUUACAGAGGAGGGGCUCCAGCAGGGAGAAGAUGACGAUGAUGUCACAGAGGAAAGAGGAGGAGUCAAAGCACAGCAUCAUGUGAUCAAAAUCAGCCUAAAGAUGAGGAUGAACUGUAGCAAUAAGGAGUCUUCCAGCUGAGUGAGGACACAAAGAGUCAGUUUUAUUAAACUCCCAUGUCUGGAUGGGGGAGGGGCCUGGUUCCUAGUACCUGCUGCUAAACACACAACUUUGAUAUGUUUUAUUGAUUUACUUCCUAAAGUCUGAUGAGUUCAGGAGAGCACUGCAGCCACCAUAGAAAAAAAUCUCUCCUUAAGUAACCAUAACUAAAAAAUAUAUCUCUAACUCCCCAUAGCUAGCCAACUAACAUAUCUAAACAUACCAAUCCCUAGUUAACAAUGGUCAUAACCAUCCCUAACCACCAUAACUUAUCCCAUCUAUCCCUAAUUAACCACACUAACUGGUUAAUCCAAACCAUAGCCACUUCUGACUAACAACUAAUUGUAACAAUUCCUAAUCAGAUCUAUUUCUUGGUGUUCCAAGUUGAUCAUAACAAACCAAUCUUAUCUUUAGCUACCUAGCCAUAAUAUCCUGACAUAACAACCCCUAAC